UUUAAAAGUUUUCUAAGGGACCAGUGGUUGUUUGCCUUUCUUUAUCUCAGGGUCAUUACCUUCUCUGCCAACAAAUUUCUCAAAAUCAUCUAUGGGAGUUAUUAAAGAUUUGGUAUCUAUAGCUAACCAAGAGUUUAGUGAUGAUGCAUCAAACCAGACAGAUGAUAUAUACUUUUCGGAAACGGAAUCAGUAGAGAGUAUAAGAGUUCGAUUAGGAAAUUACAGAAAGCUAAAAAAACUUAAUAAAAAUCAGCCUGAAAAUUUUUUAACUGAAAAUUUUUCAAGAUUUGGAGAAAGAUCAUCUAAACGCCGUCAAAGAAUAAUAGAAAAUAAUAAAUACUUGAUACAAUUAAGUCAAGAUUUACAUGAUUCUUCAACUGGUAGCCUAUCCAUUGAUGAUUUUGUAGUUGAUAAUUUUUCAGCUUUUACCCUACUUUUUUCUCAUGUCAAAAAUUUCCAGGCUUGGGAUCAAUUUAUUAAUUCUAGUGAGGAGGAACAAGCAAAAUAUUUAGAUGUAAUUGAUAAUACCUGCAAACAUGUUUGUUUAGAUAGUAUACAAGAAGAAAAUGAAGAUCUUGAUAUAUAUUAUAUUAAAGAAGAUAUUCAUAAUAACAAAUGUUGCAAAUGUAAUAGAAAAUAUGAUUCAAGGAAAGUAUACCCAGCUUCUUAUACCAAUGCAAAGCAACAUUUUUUGAAAAUUGAUAAUUAUAUAAAAAAUUUACUUAACAAAAAUCACCUUCCUAUUGAUAAAAUAUUAAAUAUUGAAGAGGAUCUGCGUAAAUAUUUUACUCUCUAUCCAGAAUCCACAUAUAAAACGGUUCUAGAUAAUUCUUAUCAUAGAUUGUUGGCUCAUGGAAUAUGCAAAUAUUUAGAUUUGAAUUCCAAAAGUGAUAGUGCAACUCAGCCAAGGACAACCUUUGUUAAAAAUAGACAUAAAAUUUUUAAACCCCCCAAAAUGUACCUGGUAGAAUUUCUAGGAAAAGAUCUUCAAACUCAUAAUAAUACUGUCAAAAUUAAUUGAAUUACAAUUAUUAUCAUUUUAUAAUUUAAAAUUAUACUUAUCAUUAUUCAGAUUUAAAUAAUUAUUAAUUAAGUGUUUUUUAUUUUUAAUAUUAAUGCCUUAUAAAAAAAGCAUUUAGAUAUAAAUUAUAUUGAUUUUAAAUGAUAUUGUGAUAUUAUUUAUUGUUCAUUAUUUAUUUAUUUAUUUCAUU